AACACCGUGCGUCCAAGCGAGGAGGAGAAAAAGGGAGGGGGGACAGCAGAGGCAGACAAUGCGGUUUUACGAUGCGUUUAUUCCUGUGUGCAAUUUACACCAAUAUCCAGAAACAUAUGAUGUCCCGAAGAUACUGGAGGACUACCUCUUGAUUUGGCUAUUUUUCAUGAUUUUUUAAAAUCGUAUUGAAAGUCUCGUACGUGUUGAUUAAGAACAAAAACAGAGAUGAAAUUUCCAAUAGAAACCCCAAGGAAACAAGUUAACUGGGAACCAGAACAAGUGGCGGUCCAAACCAACUUGGUCCCUCCCAAAAAGGCCCAGGCUGGCAUGGCGAAGUCAAGUCUUGUCCAGGCCAGUGUGGCCACCAUGCAGAAUCCUAUGAGCUGUGACCCUAAGGCCAAUGGUCACUGUCCACUGCCACGCCUGUCCAUCUCCUCCCGCUCUGCCAGCGUGGUGGCCAGCAUGGACGCCAGCUGCGAUGGCAUGGCCGCAGCACUCCACUCAGUCAUGAAGUGGAAGACGGUGCUGGCCGUGUUCAUCGUGGUUGUUCUCUACCUGAUCUGCGGGGGUCUGACAUUCAAGGCGCUGGAGCAGCCAUUUGAGAGCAACCAGAAAACCAGCAUCACUCUGGAGAAGGCUUUGUUCCUGGAGAGACACCCUUGUGUUACUCCUCAAGAGCUUGAGGGACUUAUCAAGCGUGCUAUAGAUGCCAUGAACGCAGGAGUGAGUCCUAUUGGAAACACAUCCGACACUUCCAGUUACUGGGACAUGGGCAGUGCCUUCUUCUUCGCUGGGACCGUCAUCACAACCAUAGGUUAUGGAAACAUAGCUCCAAGCACGGAGGGCGGGAAAAUCUUUUGUAUCCUUUAUGCCAUAUUUGGCAUCCCACUCUUUGGCUUUUUGUUGGCGGGGAUUGGAGACCAGCUGGGGACUAUCUUUGUGAAAAGCAUCUUGAGAGUUGAGAAGAUAUUCAGGCAAAAACACAAACAGAUAAGCCAAACUAAGAUCAGAGUGACGUCCACCAUCCUGUUCAUUCUGGCUGGCUGCAUUGUUUUUGUCACCAUCCCUGCUGUCGUCUUCAAACACAUCGAGGGCUGGACCACACUAGAGGCCAUCUACUUUGUUGUGAUCACACUCACCACAGUGGGAAUAGGAGACUAUGUGGCAGGUGGGGACCGUAUAAUCGACUAUAUGAAGUGGUACAAACCUCUGGUGUGGUUCUGGAUCUUGGUGGGUUUAGCAUACUUUGCUGCCGUCCUCAGCAUGAUUGGAGAUUGGCUUCGAGUUCUGUCUAAAAAGACCAAAAAUGAGGUUGUGGAGAUUAAAGCUCAUGCCGCUGAAUGGAAGGCAAAUGUUCGAGCAGAGUUUCGUGAAACAAGGCGGCGCCUGAGUGUUGAGAUCCACGACAAGCUCCAGCGGGCAGCCACCAUCCGCAGCAUGGAGCGCCGUCAGCUUGGCCUGGAGCAGCGAGCUCUCUCUCUGGACAUGCUGUCCCCAGAGAAGAGGGCCUUGUUUGCCAGUCUGGAUGCUGCUCGCUUCAAGACUUCUUCUCAGGAGAGCAUUGACACCAAGCUCAACAACCUGAGGCUGAAGGGGGCCUGUGAAGCGUACGACCAUCACACGAGUGAGCAAACACCACAGACGGCAUCUUCCUCAGAGGAGAAUCUCUCCAACCUGCGCUUUGGAUCCCUUACCAAGCUGGCCAGACGCAACAAGAACCGUGAUCUGCGGAGGAACAAUAAUGAGGAUGUGCAACGGGCAAGCCUAGGAAUAAAUAAUGCCAUGCUGGGUGUUGAGAGGACGGAAGAAGAAGAAGAUGUGGACCCAGAUGAGGAAAACGGAGAGAAAAAAGAGGGAAACACCAGUCUGACAAACCUGUCACAUUACGCAACAGAGCGCAGCAAGUUGAAUGGGUUCACAACAGUCGAGGCAAAAGAUGGAGAGAACGACUAGGUGAUGAAUGAUAGAGUGCUUAAGAGACAGAGAGACAAAGUGAAACAGACAGAGAGUGCAUGGACCUUUGAGAUGUCAGUAAAUGUGCCUUUCUGUUUCCUAUGCUUACAUAACAACUGCUCCCAGGAAAUUCAGUCAUUGUGCCAUAGCCAUGGGAAAAAAUGUGUUGCCAAAAAUGUAAAGAGACAGAAGAGGCUUUAGUUAAAAUACCUCACUUGGGAUGUUGCUGUAGAAUGGGCUACAUAAGAACCUUGAUAUCUACGGGAGCUAUCAAUCCAGUUUUGUUGUCUUUCAGACGACUCUUAAGAGACACUUGGACAAUGGCUGUCUCUUAAUGUAGAAUAUUAUUCUUUACAUAUGUGGGCAGGACAUCCAGAGAGCAAGUAAAAUGUCAUCCAUCUUCAAAAAUGCUAUCGAUCGCCUCUUUGUCGUCUCAUGCUGUGUUGGCUAUUUUUAGCUCAGCUGCUUUAAGAAUACAACGUCUGGAGAGUGGAAGGUUGCGUUUCUGCUCGAUCAAUAGACAAUACAAGCAUAUACCUUCCUGGCAUGUACAAUGAUUCCUACAUGGUAUGUGGCUUUGAAAAUGCAGCCUUGAGGCUUAAACAUCUACAUAAGAGCUCAUAACUAAAAAAAUAACUAUUCACCUUCAUUGUGCAUGGUUAUUAAACCACAACCAUUGCAGAUAAUUGACUUACUUGAAAGCUUGAAAUACAGCUGUAAUAAUGUUUUAUUAACAUUACAUUUACAGCUUAAUUUAAUAUUUUGUAAACAAGAAUACACCAGGCUGGAACUCACCUGAUAGACGCAUUUAAUCACCAUUGGCUAUGAGAUUGUCAACCAUGUUGAAAACAGUUUAUUUGUAUAUUACAUUUGCUUUUAUCACACAUGUCUUCAGACGACUUCAACUACUUUUGAAUUAAUGAAUGUGAUGCUGUUGAUUUUUUACUCAUCAAGCAUGUUUGUAUAUGUGUUUACUUCGUUUUAUACCAGCCAAGCACUCGAGUUGAAUUUUCCAUAGAACUGUAAAAUAUGAACUAAACAUGUCAUGUUUCUUUUACCAUAUAUUUUUUUCUGGAACACAGUCAAGCAGUGGCUUCAAUUGUCUUCACACUGAAAUGUGUUUUCUUGUUGUUCCUACAUUAACUGACUGAAAUAUUUGGCACAUCACCAAUUAAUAUUUACAUUUUACAAAUAGGCACUGGCACUACUCAACGCCUUCUGAAAAUGUUACUGAAUUAUUUAACGUACCACUAUAGCGUGCAUUGCAUUUAUUGCUACAAAAUACACACUGGUUAUACUCAUAACCUGUUCAUUUGAUAUCAUUGACCUUUUCCUUUGACCAUGACCUGUGACAAGUUUGUUGUGUACAG